AUGCAAGAAGUCCAAGAAAAUUCCAACACUCAAGGGUCUACUGUCGGAAACAAUGUCCGUCGAUCUUCCAAGCGCCGUCAAGUGCGCAUGGCCUUACUUUGCUGCUUUUUAAUACUAGCCGCUGCAGCUGGGGCAGUCGUGGCAGUCUUGAAAAUGAAGGAUUCUGAAGAAAUCAUUGACACUUCCUCCAACAACAAGACAACCACGAACGUUACUUCCCCUGCUCCCACUGAAUUGUUCUCUAGUAAUCCGACACAUCGGCCAAGCCUACCUGGGUCUCGAACCACUUCUGCUCCAACACCGAAUCCGAGUCCUGGACCUACAUAUCGACCUAGUACUUCGGAACCAUCAAGGUCGCCGACAUCUAGUCCAACUCGACCAUGUUUUCAAACAAACACGGAGCUCUCGGAUGCAGCUCGUGACUGGCUACAGGAUUCUCAGAUAAAGACAAUAGUUGAGAACCAAUAUGGAUCGAUCGGCGACUGGUGCUUCGGUCCAAGUGUAACGAGUAUGGAAUCUCUGUUCCGAAGUCAGUCUACUUUCAAUGAAGACUUGUCAUCCUGGGAUGUCUCUUCUGUCACGAAUAUGGCUGACAUGUUCAAUGGUGCAUCGUUGUUCAAUCAAGACUUGUCAUCAUGGAAUGUUUCUUCCGUAAUUUAUAUGAGUGGAAUGUUCUGGAGCGCGGCAUCCUUCAACCAAGACUUAUCAUCUUGGGACGUCUCGUCUGUCGCUGAUAUGAGCUACAUGUUCGACAGUGCAUCAUCCUUCAAUCAUGACCUAUCAUCAUGGGAUGUUGCUUCUGUAACGUCCAUGCGGUGGAUGUUCUACAUUGCAUCAUCUUUCAACCAAGACUUGUCAUUGUGGGAUGUCUCUGCUGUCACGGAUAUGAAUGGGAUGUUCUAUCGAGCAUCAUUGUUCAACCAAGACAUAUCAUCAUGGGAUGUAUCUUCUGUCACUGACAUGGGCAACUUAUUCCACCUUGCAUCAUCGUUCAACCAAGACUUGUCGUCAUGGGAUGUUGCUUCUGUCACCGACACAAGUUUCAUGUUCCACAGUGCAUCAUCAUUUAACCAAGACUUGUCAUCGUGGGAUGUUUCUGCUGUGACUGACAUGAGUUCCAUGUUCUAUCAAGCAUCAUUGUUCAACCAGGACUUGUCAUCGUGGGAUGUUUCUUCUGUCGAGUACAUGAAUGCGAUGUUCUACGAAGCAUCGUCAUUCAAUCAAGACUUGUCAUCCUGGGAUGUUGCUUCUGUCCUGUACAUGAACCAAAUGUUCAAAGCGGCAUCGUCAUUCAAUCAAGACAUUUCAUCCUGGAACGUUUCUUUUACAAUAUCCAUGAAUGGAAUGUUUGAAGGAGCAGAGCUCUUCAAUCAGAAUCUUUGCCCAUGGGGGGAGCGCACCAUGAUUCCAAGUGUGACUCUCAAUACCUUCGAAACGUUUCUCGGCACCAACUGCCCAUCUCAAUCCGAUCCAAACCUCUCUUCGAAUCCACCAGGCCCAUUUUGCCACGUAUGUUAA